AUGGGGGUUUAUGCAAAUGAGCUUUCAAAUGAAGAUUUACUUAAAUCAAUAGCAAAGGCGUUGAAGCCUGGUGGAGUAUUGUCGACUCCGGCUGACAGCAUAUGGCUGAACAAUUUCGCCAUGGAAGACACCAUAACUCUCUGUCGUAACAUCUUCAAAGGCUCUGUAAACUAUGCUUGGACCUCUGUCCCUUCAUAUGCAAGUGGCUCGAUUGGCUUCAUGCUCUGUUCAACUGCCGGUCCAUCAGUCGACUUCAAACGCCCGGUGAAUCCGCUGGAUCCAAGUAAUUUUGGUGUUGCGCAAGGACCCCCCAAGUUCUACAACUCAGAGAUUCAUACUGCUGCGUUUAGUCUUCCUGCGUUCGCAAAGUCGGCAAUGGGUUCCAAAUACGAAUGA